AUGGCAGAGCUUAAUUCAGUAAUUAACAUGAAAUCUGAGAAAUUAAAUAAUAAGAUUGUAGAUCUAAGAGUGCAUGCAGUUACAACUGGUGAAGCUUUGAUUGAAAAGGCAAGAAUAUGUGAGAAACUUACAGUGGAGAAUGAGAGUUUGAAUGAGAAAAUUUUGGAGAUGCAAAAAGAAUUGGAUCAAUGCAGACAUGCUACUAAUAUGGCUUUUAAUAGAAUGGCAGAAAGCAUGGCACCUUCGAGUAGGUCUCCUGUAUCUGAAAUUCCAGGGUCUAUUGCUAACCCAGGGAUUGGAGAUACAGGAUACAAACAAAAGUCAGUGACAAAUCUCCCUGCGGCUCCAACUACAACAACCACAGUGUUGAAUCCUGAUAAUUCUGGAGAGAUUCAGCUGGUUACUAAGCAGUUGAAGCCACAAGAAAUAGAUGCUAUAGUUAGAGAAAUAGGGCAGGUCCCCCAGCAGGAUAUCAAUCGCUUUUUGCAAUGGUUUUGUGGAUUUCAAAGAGUGAAAGAGAUGUAUAGUUUGACAACUAGUGAUAUGGAGAGGGUGCUGCAGAGAGUUGUUGGAAAUGGAUUGUGGGUCAGGAUUGUACAGACAUGUGGUCAGCAGCGGAGAACUAGGGAUAUGUUGAAAGAGAUCUUGAGAGCACUUUAUGGAGUUGCAUCAAAUGUGUCAUUGUCUGGAAAAAUUAAACAGCUGAAACAAGAGUCUCCGUAUGAAUUGUCAGCUAGAAUCUCCUCAGUGAUGGAACAGUUUGGUGUCAGUAAUCCUGGUUUUGAACAGGGAGGGCUGGUGCAUAGAUCAAUGUUUUUGGAUGCAUUAGAGCAAGAUAUUAAAGAUGAGAUAUUAUCUGUAACCCCAAACCCAUCAGAAAUGUGUGAUCUACUGUUAAGAGCUGAUAAUUUGUGGCGAAGAAAGGUUAAAAAUGAGAGUUUUGCUGUAGAUGCUGCAAGGAUUUUCAGAGUAGAGAGGAGAGACAGGUCUGCCAUGUAUUCUCAGAAAACAUUCAGGGGAGAUAGAUUUCGGCAUGUGGGAAAUUUUAGAUGUGAGAAUGAAUCUGAUAGUAACAAAAGACAGAGAGAUCCACAGAGGGACCAUAGGAAUAGGGAUAGUGCUAAAGGGAGCAAUGUAAAGGGAGAUAAUUGGAGAAAUAGAUGGGAUGAGCCUCAGGUAAUUAACAAUAAUUGGAAUAAUAAUAACUGGGAGAGGCUAAAAAGCAGAGAUAAUAACUGGAGAAAUAACAGUUGGGGAGAAAAACGAAGAAACAACAGGAACAGUUAUUGGGAGAAUUCUUGGAGAAGGAACCAUAGAUGGGAUGAUCAGACCAGUAGACGGAAUUGGGAUAAUUGGAGGAAUAAAGAAGGGAAUAGAGAAUACUGGGACCUGAAGAAACAGACUGAGAGAUUGGAGGCAGAUGUAAAAGCGCUUAGGGAACAGAUGAGAAAUGAGGGAAAGACAGAUCAAUUGAGGGUUCCCAGCAAUUAACUACCAUAUUUUUUUUUUUUUCUCUACAUCUGUAUGUAUGUUUGUUUUUCUUUUGUUUCUAUAUAUGGUUACCAAUAAAAAUAGCCUUAAGCUGCUUUUUAUCUUUGUAUGGCAACAGACCGUUGUCAGUUUUCUAUAGAUUGCAUGCUGACAAACAUCUUUGAAUCUUAGGUUUUUUUUAAAAAGAGAUAUAACAGAGCUUCAGAUUGGAAACGGAGUAAUGUUGCAAGAUUUUUCCCCUUACCACCCAUUUCUAAAACCAAAAUGGAAAGGUCCAUAUAUUGUGCUUGACAAAAUUGGUCCUUCUGUAUUUGUUAGAUGUGGGAGAUGAGAACUUUAUGCCAAGUUAAUGUAAAUGUUAACAUAGUAUCUUAGUUCUCAUUUACAGAUAAUAGGAGAUGGAGUGGAUCCCUGGAAGAGCAGCCCACAUAAGGAAUAUGAAGUGCAAGAAAACAGCUGUUGUGAUGUGGUGGUUAUGUGUAUCGUUUUCUAUGUAUAUAUUGUAUAGCUUAGGAAAAGGGAAUGUCAUGAUGAAGAAUAACAAUAAAAUGGUACAUCAGAGUACUCCAGUAGAGGGUUAUCAUAGGGAGAAAAGGAGUUCAGAAGAUUCAGAGAAUAUCAUUGUAACAUUAAAAGUAAAGGAACAAUCACCUGAAGUUACAUGUAAAGAUAAUCUUACAGUGGUUGGGCCUAUAGGGGGGUGGAUAGUGAUACAAUGUAAUAUUUCAAUGCCUAAAACUAACCUUCCCUCUGAAUUUGCAGUUUGGAAAUAUCCAGGAGGAAGUGAUUUACAUACGAGUACAAGUAUAUUUUGGGCCAAUACCACAAUUGAAAUGAGGAUAAAGAUGCUGCUGGAAAGAAAUUUUACAUUUUCUCAGGAUGGUGUUGUAACAUGCAGCCCCCAUCAGACUGGAUUACAUGAUACAGUUGACCCAGCAAUUAACAUAAGAAGUAUAAAUUCUCAGGACUGUCCAACUACCACCCUGUGGCCAGAGCAUGGCCUUUUCUUACAACCAACACAAACUCUUAUGUAUACUGAUGUAUCUUAUUUCAUUAUUUAA